AUGCCAGGCAAGGGAGGCGACUAUGCAUUCGCUGUCGACCGGAACGGCUUCCAUUGGAAAUGUGUGAAUCGCAUGCAGAUAGAUGGCGAUUCCGGUCGCUAUGAUAACUGGGCAUGCAUCCCAUUAGCAUGCUUCAAGAAAGAAGGGACAAUCCUGAGAGGCUUCAAGUUCGAAGAAGACUGCAAGAAACCUGCAGUCAUUGUCAACGACGACGGCGCUGUCGUCAACGAAGCUCCAGAAGACGCGGAGGAGUAUCCACCGAUAGAGCUUCUGAAGCCGCCGCUGCGGCCGGAUGAGAUGGCUGUGCCUCCAUCGCUCCUCGUCACACCGCCCUGGCAGUGGAGGAGGCCCCAUGAGCGAAGUCAAGCAGGGGGCCGUCGUGAUUGCUGCUUCCUGUAA